GGCUGUGAAAGGAGCAAAGACAUUUACGCGCCUGGAUGCGACAGGAUAGGAAACUAGACGAGCUUCUCCUUCUUUUCCCGUUUUUCCCUCAUCAUCUGGACACAACUGGCGGUGUCAUUUCUAACUUUUCUACACCGUAUUGAUGUUUUAAAUGAUGGGAAGCACGGAGUUUGCGGCGCCUCACCUGCACCGCAUCGGACUAACUGCGGACUAACUGCAUUAUUCUUUUUUUUUACGCACCGCUUUUCUGCAGCGUCUGGGUUCCUCAUCAGAACACACUGACAGUUGAAGAACUGGAUCCGAACAACACCGAAGAGCUAAUAAGUGGAAUGGAGGUGUGUUGCUGUUUGCUUCAUUAACCCGCCGGUGCGCAACUUCAGCACUCCGGAUCGCGCCAAACGGGAUCGCUCCUGGCUGUUGAGACGAGACGGACGCACGGCAUUGACACUCCUCCCAUCAUGCUUCUCCUCAUUCGCCUCCUGCAGUGAAGAAUAACAAUAAGAUUACAAGUAUGGCUGACUUGUGGCAUCGCAUCGAUGUGCACCUCCUCGCGCAGAGGACUCGCCGAACGCGCCUUCAAGAGGUCUAGAAUCUGCGUCCCGCAAUCCUAAUUUGGCUAAAAGCCAAACGAAUGUUCUCCCAUGGAGGUGGGACAACCUUGGGGAUCAAACGACGGGCUUCCCGUCAACAAGAGACGCAUCGGGUGAAAUAGGAGCUUCUGUCUUGACACAGCACGCCAAAACCCCAAACCCACCCCGGCGCGCGCGGCUGCACGUAGAUCUGCAAGCAGCCUGCAUGGAAAUGAAGGAGCGGAGAAGCCUUGUUGCGCCCGUCAAUUGUACUGUUUCUCCGUCGGCUGGGAGCGCUUCUGCAGCACCUUUUCCACCCAUGCCCCAUCGAUGCCGUCCCGCUUCUCCAGAAGGAGCCCAACACCCUCAGCUUUGGGUUGCUAAAUGAUUUUCUGGGGGAGGACUUUUAACCGACGAGAUGAUGCUCGUACUCCUGCUGGCAGCCUUUUCCUCCUACAUCUCAAGCUCCUCCCUAUCCUCCCCCGCCAUGUCAGACGGACCCCCGAUGGCAGACCCUUCUCCGGACUUGAUGUCUGAGACUUGCAGCGCCUGCUCGUGCAUGUCGGUGGAAAACGUGCUGUAUGUCAACUGUGAAAAGAUUGCCGUUUAUCGACCCACGCAGCUCAUCCCGCCGGUGUCAUCGUUAUAUCACCUCAACUUCCAAAAUAACUUUUUAAUUAUUCUCUACCCAAACUCGUUCCUCAACUUCACCCAUGCUGUGUCGUUGCAGCUUGGCAAUAAUCAGCUGCAAAACAUUGAAGGUGGCGCAUUCAUGGGGAUGAGUGCGCUGAAACAGCUGCACCUGAACAACAACGAGUUAAAGGUGCUGCGAGCGGACACUUUUCAAGGAAUAGAAAACUUGGAGUACCUUCAGGCUGACUACAACUUGAUCAAGUAUAUCGAAAAGGGAGCGUUCAAUAAACUGCACAAGUUAAAAGUGCUGAUUCUAAAUGACAAUCUCAUACAGGCACUUCCUGACAACAUAUUCCGGUUUGCCUCCCUCACACACUUGGAUAUAAGGGGGAACAGGAUCCAGAAGCUUCCAUAUUUGGGAGUCCUGGAGCACAUUGGACGGAUCGUUGAGCUUCAGCUGGAUGAUAACCCCUGGAAUUGUACAUGUGAUUUAGCACCGCUCAAGGCAUGGCUUGAAAACAUGCCGUAUAAUAUUUUUAUUGGAGAGGCUAUAUGCGAAACACCAAGUGACUUAUAUGGAAGGCUCCUUAAAGAAACCAACAAGCAGGAGCUUUGCCCCAUGGGCACAGGAUCCGACUUUGACGUUAGAAUGCCACCUGCACUCCCUGAUGCGGGUCAAUCACCCUCUAAAAUUUCUCCGACCUCUGUGGUUCCCAUUGCCACAAAAUCGCCCAAAACCACCGACUCCUCCAAAGUCUACGGUAAUGGCAUCGUGGCUGGUUCGCCCCCAUUUGGAAGAAAUAGCCAGAUUGUUUCCUUUCAAACGCGGACCCCUCCUCUGUUGUGCCCCCAGCCCUGUAGCUGUAAAACUCACCCUUCUGACUUUGGCAUUAGUGUCAGUUGUCAGGAAAGAAAUAUUAAAAACUUAGCAGAUCUCAUUCCUAAACCCCCAAAUGCCAAGAAACUUCACUUAAGUGGGAACUACAUCCAUGACAUAAGUCCGACUGAUUUCCAAGGGUUUGAAGGUUUAGAUUUGCUGCAUCUCGGCAGCAACCAAAUUGCAACCGUUCAGAAAGGUGUGUUUGCUAACCUCACUAACCUGAGAAGACUCUAUUUGAACGGGAACCAGAUUGAACAAUUACACCCCGAGAUGUUUUUGGGCCUCACAAAUCUACAGUACUUAUAUUUGGAAUACAACGCCAUCAAAGAAAUUCUAGCAGGCACGUUUGAUUCCAUGCCAAACCUACAACUUCUGUAUCUCAAUAAUAAUGUUUUGCGGAGUCUUCCCGCCUACGUGUUUGCUGGUGUCUCUUUAGCUAAACUCAAUCUGAAAAACAACCAUUUCAUGACCCUGCCGGUAAGCGGUGUUUUGGACCAGCUGCGGUCUUUGACCCAGAUAGACCUAGAGGGGAACCCCUGGGAGUGUUCCUGCGAUUUGGUCGCUCUCAAACUAUGGCUAGAAAAGCUAAGUGAUGGAGUGGCUGCUAAAGAGGUGAGAUGUGCCUCCCCUGUGCAGUUCACCAACAUUGAACUUCGCCUCUUAAAGAAUGAGAUCCUGUGCCCUAAGCUGAUAGCACGGCCACCGUUUAUUUUUACCAGUGCCACUCCUCUUUUGACAUCAUUGUCGCCUGCCGGGGUUGGCAAAGCCCCGCCAGGAGGGCCUGUACCUCUGUCAAUCAUGAUCCUUAGUAUCCUCGUAGUGCUAAUUCUUACAGUGUUUGUGGCCUUCUGCCUUCUAGUCUUUGUCCUUAGAAGGAAUAAAAAACCAGUCGGUCGACAGGAGCUGGGUAACCAGGAGUGCGGGUCAAUGUCACUGCAGCUUCACCGGCAUGGACAUAAGUCAGGCAAGAAAGGUUCCAUUCCAGGAGAUGACUUGGGGGGCGAAACAUUCAUCCCUCAAACCAUUGAACACAUCGGCAAGAGCCACACAUGUGGGAUCGGACGCUCGUCGGAUAUGGACGCUGGGUUUAAGUUUGCUGACUCGCAGAGGCAGAAGAUUAUCCUUCGGAGUAGCGCCGACAAGGAUAAAGACGCACUCUCCACUCUGGAGCGCAACAAGCGCCUCAGCACAAUCGACGAACUCGAGGAAUUCCUACCAAAUCGAGAGCCCAGCAUGUUCAUCCAGAACUUCCUGGAUGGGAAGAGAGAUUUCAACAGCAUUGGAAUGGGCGGAUAUGAAAUCCGUUACCCGGAGAAAUCGCUGGACAGAAAGAUGAAGAAAUCAUCGCUGAUAGGUGGGAACCACAGUAAAAUUGUGGUGGAGCAAAGAAAAAGUGAGUAUUACGAGCUGAAAGCCAAGCUCCAAGGAACGCCUGAUUACCUUCAGGUGCUUGAGGAGCAGACUGCUCUGACUAAAAUGUAGACGUUGUUGUCUUUGAUUCAGUACAGUGAUCACACACAAACAGGAUCACACACACACAUUUACACCCAGAAAGAUGGUCGUACUUUUCUUUUGCUUUUUCUUCCCCUCUAGUUGCGCUCAUCAUUUAACCCCAACCCUUUUCUAUCUUUCUUUAUCUCUCUGCAGCCAGCUGUGCGCACACACUCCCCUUCACACACACACAUACAGCAAAAAAGUGCCUUCUGGAAAUUCUUAAUGACCAAUGCAUAGAUGGACUACAAAGUUUUUAAUUUGGAUCAGCAAUGAUUUUGGUGAGAGUAAAAGACCUAUGGAUCAUCUUACCACGAUGCCGCAGGACAGCCUAAAAACAACAGACUGUCUUUUGCUGCUAUGGAAAUGGCUACUUUGUGUUAUUAUUGUACUCUUUUUUUUGUUUGUUUGUUUGUUUGUUUUUUACUGCCAAAUCAAAUGCUUGGAAACUGUGCUUGAGAAUAUACCUCGCAGGCUCCAUCCCUCAUUUUCAAACAAGAAAGAUGGAAACAGAAUAACGAGGGCAACUCAGUUGUUUUCUUUUCUAAACGUAUCCGAUAUAGCUACUGCUGGGAUUAGUUACAAAGUAUGAAUCCAUGGAUGCUACCUUGCUUUUUUUCCUGCUUUGUAAGGAUAUUUGUUUGUUGUUAGGGAAGCUCUCCGGGGCCAGUCGCAGACUUAAUGCCAUUUUGUCCGGAUUCGAAACAAGUGGCAGAAUACCUGCUCUAUGCUGUCAGGCUAAAUGGCUCCUGCUUUGUGUUCACAAGAAGGCAAUGCACCGCAGAACUCCUUUGGGAAUGAUUUCAUGACUUGUUUCCUUUGUGUAAAGAGCCAUGUUAAUAUAUAGUGUAUUCUGAAUGGAGUUGUGUUUCCACUUCAAGUUGCAACGUCAAACUAUGUUUUUGGGUGAAAUGGAAUCAGCAACUACACUGUCAAAUGAUGUUUCUAAAAAAAUGAAAACCAGAGGAUAAACGAGUACAAAGUUGCUUGCCAUGUAAGCGUAACUUGGAAUUUAUUUUGUAAGUCUUACAUUAUUUGUAUCUGUGGGACUGGUUUGUAAAUGACAAAGACUAAAACAUGCACACACACACAUGCUGUACGGCCGAGCAUCAUCAUCGAGAGACUAUAACCCGGAAAUGUCAGAGAUAUGACUCAAUCAGCGAUUACACCCCUCCACCUUUGUCAGCUCUCAAUUCAUAGGCAAAUGAUCUCAAAACAUAGUUAAUUUAUUUUUUUCUAUGCAGGGUUAUUUAAAGACUUUAUGAUAUUUUACCCCAAGAAGAAGUAACUAUCAUCAGAGCUAAUAUAGGUCACGGGUAUAAGUGACUGUUGAUUUGUUCGAUGUUUUUUUUUUUUUUUUUCCUUAUUCGUACAUCUCCCGCAGCAUCUUGUAAAAGGUUUCUUCAGAACAUUAUGCAACCAAAAUAAAUGUGCAUUAAACUUAAAUAAGAUUCUGGAUUGUGGUGACAUUUUAAAAGUGUGGGUUCAGAGUCAUAUAAAACAACAUGUGCAAUAUUAGGAAAUACUCGAGUCAUAAUGGCUGUUUGUUUUCAUUUAUUUAGUGUGAGGUUAUAUUGUUAGGCAGGUUCUAUUUCAAAAUCCAUUGAUCUACUUAACUCUAUACCGUCUUUAUUUAAAAGUAUUGUUAAGUUAAACGGAUGAGUGUUUGUUGCAAAAUGAAUAGAAUGUAUCUUGGAAAGUAUAAUAAAUCCAAUUUUUCUAUCAGUCAUAAAUCUCUUGUAUAAUGGCUAAUUUUCUCUUGUACUAUCAUAUUCAAUGAAGGUAUUAAAAUGAGCAACAAUUUGUA